UAAACUCUUAGACUCUAAAAAAAUGCAUUCAUUGGUUACUCUUUUAUUUUAUAUUUAUACGAUCACAAGCAUUGGUCACUCCGUAGUAUAUGAUAACACAAUUGGAUCCGAUGAAUGGUUACAAAUGCCUCAAUUUGGUCCCAAAGAUUUCUGUCAACUCGGAGCCAUUGACUACAUUUUCAAUUACAAUCACAAAGUGUGUGUGACUUAUAGGAACUCUAUGUGGACUUACGACCAAAUAAUUGCCGGACAGACGGAUCAGCCUUUGAAUCAGGAAAAGACUUUUGAUAGUUAUGAAUUUAUAAGCGAAAGACUGGACUCUAAUGGAGAGAUUGUUACAAAUCCUGAGGAUAUGCCGUGGAAUAUAAGU